GUCGUGAGUCCCGCGGAAACGAAGAGAUGGCAGCUUGGCUUAGAAGAAAGAUUCGGGGAAUUUUACUUGAUAUAUCUGGCGUUCUUUACAACUCAGGCGAAGGAGGAGGAGAGGCUAUACCGGGAUCUGUUGAAGCCGUGGAAAAGUAAGCCUUACGUUAAGACUUAAGACUCCGGCUCACUGCGGCUCAGGCUCCCGGAACCCAACUUAUGAGAGCAGAAGGAGGAAAUUAACCACCAUCAUACUUAAGUUUGCUUUUUAUGUUGAAAUCAAACUUACUGUUUUUCAUGUUUCAAGACGACCACCAAAAAAACAUGCAGCUCCAGCUUUAAAGUGAUAUGUAACUUCCAGUCAUUGUCCAGUAACCAUAAUGCACUUAUCAAUUGAAACCCCGACCCCCCCCACCCCGGGCCAAGGUGGGGAUUUGACUUGACAUCAUUACAAAUCGUAGCAAACUCCCACCCUACUGGGGCAUAUUGACUGGUAAAACCCCCACCCAGGUGGGGAAACCUUUUUAAUUCCCUGACUGACUUUAUUAAUAUUUCGUUCGAAUUUUCAACUUCUUAAUAUUGACAAAUUUACUACAGCAAAAAGGCAAAUAUGAUAACAGACCAAGAUAUAAAUACAACAAAUAUUUGACAAUAAGUAAACAUAAUGACCCCUACCCACUUAUAAAAAAGUCAGGGUACAAAAUGGAUGAUGGAGUAGCACAUUGUUAUAAAGUUAUAUUAAAAUGAAAUCCGUACCAUCUCCAUUGAAAGUAAUAUCUGCAAUGAUAAGUUUAAUUCAAAAUAGCAGCCAACAUACCUUAACCUUCACAAGCUGAUGUUAUAAAUAGACUGCAUAAAAUAGUUCCUAGGAGCUAUAUUUUAUAUUUUGGCUUAAAGAAUGAGGAAAUAUAGAACUUCAGAAACCACAUGGGUUUAACACUAGACGUUAAACGAGCUGUGUCAUGAAAUUUACCAAAAUGUAGGCUGUGGGAACUGCCACCAAAUUGAGUGAAACAUAAAAAUAACCGCUUAAGACAUUAAAAGAUGGUAUAAAUGACUCAGCAAAUACAAAAGAAGGUACAGAUGGGAAAACAUGAAGAAGAUUAAAACGGAUUGAAAUUUUGGUUUUUGAAAACUUGUUAACCUAACAGUUUUUCAAAGUUCAUUCAUUUUUCGUCCGUAACGCUUGAUAUGCUUGGGAGAAACAUCUGUUUAAAACGAAGCUUUGAUUUCUUCAUUUCUUUGCCAACGUAACCCUCAAAAACGAAUAGGGACCACGUAACUGGCAAUAUUAACAAAAUGAACCAGAUAGCCGUGACACAGCACCUUUUAUAAUAAGUAGAGGAGUUUGUAUCUGCAUUGUUUGAGAAGUUUUGAAUAACAGUAACAAUUUCCAGUCAACGAACCAUGAAAGCUCAAGGCAAAAUCGCAAAGGAUUAGUCUCAGUGAAGAAAUGAAAGGAAAAACAAUUAGGAAACUUACGGCCGAGCAAUACAUCAAAAUACCAGUGAUCACGUGAAGAAAUUACCGUGAGGAAACUAGGCAUGAGUCAAAUCCCCACCUCGCUCCCCGACUUCCAUGGACUUCCAUGAAUAUGCUAAGCAAAUCCUGAGAAAUCCCCCACCCCCACGGGCUAACCAUGCCUUCAAAUACCAUAAAAAUCCCCCACAUUGCCCCACAUAGGCCCGGGGUGGGGGGGGGUCGGGGUUUCAAUUGAUAAGUGCAUAAUCCCCGCUGGAAAUCGUUGCUUUGGAAAUGUGGGACAUCCCACGACUUUUAACCCAAUUUUACUAUGCUUUUUCAGUUCCCGCUAACAAAAUUUUUCAAACACAAACUGUUUUCGUGUUUACAGAAAGUUGAUCAGGUGAUCAAGUAAUGGCCUAUCAGUGAAAAAAUUAGACAAUGGCAACUUUUCUUGACUUCAAGAACAAUAGCAGUUAUUUCUUGUGAAAAUACUAGACCCACAUGUGAAAUGACAUACCGUAAAAUUGCGAAAAUAAGCCCCUCCAUGUACAAGCCCCUCCAAAUAUAAGCCCCCCAAACCGGUAACGCAAACAACCUUCCGUUAAAUAGCUCCUCCAAUAAGCCCCCCGGGGCUUGUACUUGGAAAAUUGCCCUCAAAUACAAAGUAAAACAAAGCAAAAACGGUAAAUUCACUUCUAACUAUAAGGCCAGCCCAAACGAUUUUGAAACACAAAUUUCCCUCCGAUUAUAAGCCCCUCCAAAAAUAAGCCCCUCAUAAAGGGCCUUUGAAAAAUAUAAGCCCCGGGGCUUAUUUUCGGAAUUUUACGGUAACUCAUCGCCAUUAGUCUUACAACCUCAGGGUAGGGGGCAGGGGUUGACUUUCAUGUAAUGGGUGGGAUGCUUGUUGGAGAACUGAAGUAAAACCCCGCAAUAAAAACUGUCAGGGUGUGACUCAAACUUUAUUUAACCCUUUAAAGACCCCAUCAAACGUCCUCUAAUGGCCACCUCUCCAUAAUGGUCACUUCUUUGGUGGACAGUCAAGCUGCCACCUGCCACCUGCCACUUUCUUCUGUCCUGAAGUUGGCUGUUAUAAAGAGGGUCAAGUGUACCAUAUUAUAAAAAGACAGCCAAAUAAAAGGUAGUGUUUUUUUUCUUUUUUUCGUAUAUGGGAUAAAAUCAUGUUUUACUGAAUGCUUCCUUCCCUCUUCGGACUUUCUUUGUUUCUUCCUUUUGCCUUCUGCUUCCUCAUCUCCUCACUCUCCUCCCUAAAAAUGAUACCCAUUGGGUAAAAGUACUCUUGAUUUGUUCUGAGCACCCUAGGUAAUACCAUAAUCUCCUAAUUCCUACCCCUAAAUGACACAAAAAUCUUUCCUGCCCAUUUAUGGAAAUCUUCCUGGGUUUAUUAAUAGGAGUACUCCCUGUCAUGUAUUAUUCCUUCCGAAGAAAGUUUUGAUACAAACUAUUUUUAUCAUUGCUUUCCCCAACCAGGCUUAAAGCAGCUGGAUAUAAGAUACGAUUUUGCACAAAUGAGGAUCAGUGCUCAAGAGAACAGCUUGUCAACAAACUUAGGGGGUUUGGCUUCAAUCUCUCUUCAUCUGAAGUUUUUGCACCAGCUCCUAAUGCAAGAAAGAUUCUUGAAGAACGCAAUCUCCGCCCAUUCCUUUUGAUCCAUCCUGGGGGAAUUCCAGAGUUUGAAGGUUUGGAUUGUCAUGAUCCUAACUGUGUUGUGAUUGGUGCAGCUGAGGAACUUUUAACUUAUGAUAAUAUGAAUAAGGCCUUCAGAGUGCUUUUGAAUUCAAGUAAUCCUAUCCUUUUGGCAACAGGAUAUGGGUAAGGUUGUCUAAAUACUUUUUCAGUGUAGUUUUGAUCUGGAAGUGUUGUAGGGGAUCAAGACAGUACAUACUAUUUCUACCCUCUACAAUCUCCCUCUAAUUUCAAAUUCAAGGAUUGGGACUGCACACACCAGACCCUGACUCUCACCCCAAAGUAAGCCUUCACUGCAGGCUAGCACAAGUGUAACGGACACACUAUACAAGCUCACAUUCAUUACUUUCACUCCUUUAUUCCAGAAGAAGUCCAUCCUCCUGAUGUGGGGUUUGGAGGGGUGGAAAAAGAAUGCAUGGGGGUAAAAGAACAUGAAGUUGUUAAAUUUUUUCAAAAGUUCUUGAAUGUGUUUAUGUUGUUGUUAAAUUUUAUCCUUGGUUUAAAUUUUAUUAAUUUUUUACAAAUUUCUUUGUUUUUGGAUAUGGUAAUGAUAAUGUUUUGAAACAAAGGAAAAAAUUUAAACCAAGGAUAAAAUUUAACCACAACAUGUAUAAAAGAUAAUACAUGUAGACAUGGGCAUCCAUGCAUCAGGAAUAUCAAUUCCACUAUCCCUGUUAAUUUAUAGCAGCAAGGGUGAAGUCUUAAGCUCUAGCCUAAUUCUGUUACCCUGCAGGAUCUAUGCAAAGUGACCAAACUGUGAGACAUGAUAACUCUAUAUUUAUUAAUGUAUCUUCCCCAAUGAAUAACCACAAUUUAUCUCUAAAUCUCAUCUCCUUCUCAGUAAGCAUCACUUACAUGCCUUGUCAAGACAACCAGAGAAUACAAAUGGUUACCCUUUGACCUUUCUUCCCUAGGCGUUAUUACAAAAAAGGCUCUAAUCUAAUACUGGAUGUGGGUCCCUACACAAAAGCUUUAGAAGUAAGCAUUUCUUUGCAGUCAUUGCUGUUUUAUGUCAUCAUUCCUGUGGGAUUGAUCACUUUAUUGUUUAAUUAACAGCUUUUCUGUUUCUCCAUAGUUUGCCUGUGAUGUGAAAGCUGAGAUUGUUGGCAAACCAUCAGCAAAGUUUUUUCUUGCUGCAAUAGAGGACAUGCAGAUCCCUCUUGAAGAUGUGAGUAUCAUUUUGAUAUUCAAUGCUCAAGCUGGAUUUAACAUUUUACUCAGUUUUCAGUUUAAUCAUAGUAGUAGAUGAGACUGGUUAUGAAAGCUGGCAAAGUUGAAAACGGUGGUGUUGUGGUUUACGUUGGAAGCUCUCUAACUGUGCACAAUCCUUUGUUUUUUGUUUACAAUUUGUGACUGAAUGAAUUAAUGCAAUGUUUCUUUUGGUCAACAAGUUCAAAACAAUAGGAAUUCCAUUGAUUCAAGGUCAGGUCCAGAGAGGCUAACACCAAGUUAACAAAGAAGUCUAAUGGGUUUCAUAACCAUUCAACUUUAAUAACUAUGGUUUAAUCCAUGACAGCCCUAUCUAUUAGAAAACCUCUACUAUUUUCUUUGAUUUUUUCAUUCUAGACUGCAUGACAGUUGGUUUUUUUUCUCAAAAUCGCUUUUCAAGGAGUGAAGCUCCAGCAUAGUGUCAGAGUCUCACUUUCCUCUUUCAGAGUUGCUCCAGACCUUUUGUUCAACUGUUUGCAUGUACUGGUGAUUUUUUCUGACUGUUCACACAUACAUGACUAUGCAAAAAUAUGAAUUGUUUUGCAGUCUAUUUUUAUCCAAAACAUUUAAACUUCCUAUUUUCCUGUUUUUUUUUUCCCCUUAGGCAGUAAUGAUUGGUGACGACAUCGUGUCAGAUGUUGGUGGGGCUCAGGCAUGUGGAAUCCGUGGAGUUCAAGUCAGGACUGGAAAAUUCAGGUAACAUCAUUGUUUUUUAUUCUCAGCUGCUGUUUAUAAAAAUUGGGAAGUAACAAAAGACCUAGCAAUUUCCAGAAAGCUUUUAUUUAUGAAUGGAGUUAAGCCCACAUUCGAUGAACGAGGAAUAUGGUCUUUAGUAAAAUACUGGAAUUGAUCAUACUAUAAUCCUGGUUACACAUACUGUAGGAAACGAUAGUUCCCUGCAGUAUUCCUUUCAUGAUAUAUUAGCUUUUUUUGUGGUGUUUCCCAGUGAAGCUCACACACCUUUGCUUCCUGCAGUUUACUUUGCUGUUUGAAAGAAAGCCAACUCUGACUAGACUAGAAAGGCAAGUUGUUUCAAGCCAAACAAAAAGUUGAAAUUUGUAUUUAUGGUAACAUAAAUAACAAUGAGAAUUUAUAUCAAACAAUUUUUUCAAACAAUGUGAGGGUUGUCCAAAGUACCAUUAGUGCCUUUCAUAUGAGUUGAAAAACACACAAUUUGACUUUUAAAUUCAACUCCAUAGAACAUGACUGAGCAAUGAACUGGGUCUGAGACUAGAGUUCAAUAUCUAUAUAAUUUUUUCUGAUCUUCUACUCUUUAGGCCACAAGAUGAACAUCACCCAACUGUAACACCAGAUGGAUAUGUGAAUGAUCUGGCAGAGGCAGUAGAACUUAUCCUCAAGCAUAACUAACCUUGUGCAGGCUGUGUGCACAUAGCAUUUCCAUUGGUUAAAGUACAAAUCAUUGAAUUUCUGACAACUUUCAUUACAAAGUUAAAUGGACUGUUGUUGGCAGUUCAAAAACACUGUUUCUUCUCCUAAACGUUCCAGACAACGUUUAUCACUUUGCACACUGAACUAGGGAAAAAUGAAGUGGAUCUAACUAAAGAAUCUGUCGGCAGUUCAAGUUAACAUUUGACAAGGGUCGAUACAAGCAAAUUCUACAUACACACAGCUGUAAGAUAGUCAGCAGGGUAGAUGGCUAGAUUAAAUAAUUUUGAAUUUACCCUGGGUUUUGAUGUUUGGACAUCAAAACACUCCCUAUACAUGGAUAACAU